AUGACGCAGGCCAGCUCGCCAUCUGCAGCAGGUCAUUCAUCGCUCAAGCAGCGGCAUUUAAGUCAUCUCAAUUCGCAACUUGCGCAGCUCCACGCGAAUUUAUCGGAUUUUACCGAUCUUAUAAAUACCACCUGUGUUCAGUAUAAACUGAUUCAGAGAUUGGGGGUGAUGCAUGGGUCGUUAUUUAUGGCCAGCCAUACUGUUUUUGAGAAUGACCAGGCAGAAUAA